AUCAGAUUCAUUAUAAAUCUAAUCUAUAAAACUGAAACGCUGCGACACGCGGGAAAUGUCCCCGUCACACGCGCACGAAAGCGGAUUAAUAAUAUAUUUUGAAAAAAAAGUGCACGAUUUCCGGGUGACAGGGCCGGAAGUUUUUAAAGUCCACUUCCGGUGUUAAGUAGGAUGUUUGUCAGUUUGACGGCAGCUGAUGGUGAGACGUGGAGCUCCUGUGUGGGACAUGUGCAGACCACCAGGGACUCGAGCUCUGGAUUUAGACGGAUUAUUUGUGUAGUUUAGUGUAAUGUUCUAGCGGAGGAUGAGGAGGAGGAUGAUGAGGAUGAUAGCCAGGUGUUAGCAUAGCGUUAGCAUAGCGCCUGCUAGCUGCAGCUGAUGAACCCUGAUGAACCCUGCAGUCUGUGGGAUUCAGGAACUUUACAGUUAUUAAAGUGGAAUGUCAUUAACGCAGAAAGUGUAAUAUAACUAUAAAAGCUCAAAUCUAAUCGAAUACAGUGUCCGAGAGGAGAAGAGAAACCUCCUGAGAUCUUCUUCAUUGUUAUUAGAUUAGAAUCUGUGAAUCUGUGAAUCAGUUUAACAUCAACGUUACAGCCAGUCAGACUGAAUUCAGACACCUGUCUGUCUGUCUGUCUGUCUGUCUGUCUCACACACACACACACCAUGUCCUCCCCCAGCGGAGAUCUUUCAGCGAAGCAGAAGAAGAAGAAGCAUGUGCGCUUUGCCCGAAUGCAUGAAGAGGAAGAGGAAGAGAACCCCGAGCAGGAGGAGGAAGAGGAAGACACUCUGUUUGAGAAGAGGAAGGAUGUAAAGGCGGGGCUGAAAAGUGCACUAAAACGGGGUCAAAGACUCGUUCACUCAGCCACGGGGGACAAGGUGGACAUUAAACAUGGGGGAGGAGCCUGUGGUCGCUGGAUGAUCACCUUCGCACUCUGUGCCUCAUUUCUGGGCCUGGGAAUGUGUAUCUCUGUGUUGGGUCCGACGCUGGAAGACUUGGCUGCGAAUGUGAAUAAGAACAUCAGUAAUAUCUCGUAUAUCUUCGCUGGGCGUGCGUGCGGUUACAUCGGUGGCUCGCUGUUGGGAGGAAUUCUGUUUGACCUCAUCAACCCUCACCUACUGCUGGGUUUUGCCAUGCUGAUGACCUCCUUUGGAAUGUUUGCCACCCCAUUUUGUAAGAAAGCUGUGAUUUUAGCUGUUCUGGUGUCCAGUGUUGGAGUGUCGAUGGGAAUCCUGGACACAGGUGGGAACGUGUUGAUUCUGAACACCUGGGGUGAUCAGGCCGGUCCGCACAUGCAGGCGCUCCACUUCUCCUUCGCCCUGGGAGCCUUCGUGUCUCCCAUCAUCGCCAAGCUGCUGUUUGGACACGAAUCCAGCUUCUCAGAUCGAAGCGCUUCACAAACCACAGCGUCUAACAUCACUUCAGUGGCUUUGCCCUUCUUCCACGGAAGAAGCGCCGUCAUGACGUCCAUGUGGGCUUAUGUGGUCAUCGGUGCCUUCAUACUGUUUGUUUCACUCCUUUUUUUCAUCCUGUACUCACGAAGCUCAACCUCCUCCAACAAGGCGGCGUCAACACCGGGGAAUCCGCCGUUUUUCGCCAAACAUCACACGGCACUCAUUAUUCUCCUGGCGCUCUUCUUCUUCUUUUACGUGGGGGCCGAGGUGGCGUACGGCUCGUUCAUUUUCACCUACGCUAAAGAAUACGUUGGGUGGGAGGAGCCGCGGGCUGCCGAGCUCAACUCGCUCUUUUGGGGCUCCUUCGCCGCCUGCAGGGGGGCUGCCAUUUUUUUUGCCACCUGUUUUUACCCAGGAACUCUGAUCAUCCUCAGCCUGCUGGGUUCUGUUGUAGCUUCGCUGUGUUUGGUGUUACUUAAUCAUCACCCCGUGAUGUUGUGGUUUUCCACGGCGAUUUACGGCGCCUCGAUGGCUGCCACGUUUCCCAGCGGGAUCUCCUGGGUGGAGCAAUACACGACUGUGAGCAGCAAAUCAGCAGCAGCAUUCGUCAUUGGUGCAGCGCUUGGAGAAAUGGUGCUUCCUGCAUCGCUGGGCUUCCUGUUGGGCCGCAUCCAACAUCAGCCUCUGCUUAUGUACCUGGCCCUCUGCACCGCCGCCGUCACCUCCAUCCUCUUCCCCGUCAUGUACAAACUCGCCACGUCUACCGGAGGCACUGUGGUCCGCAAACCGCGAAUCCGACCUCACGGUGAAGGCGAGGAUGGUGAGGAUCGCCAGGCGCUGCUCGAUUCCACCGCAGAUGAUGGAGAAGAGGAGGCGGGACCUGAGAACAACGAAUCCGAAAUUGACCAGUGGAAUGAUGCAGAUUUUGAGGUGAUCGAGAUGGACGACGCCAGUCUAACAAACUCGCCUGGUAAAACAAGCUUGUCUCUCCCCGAUAUCUCGCUCAGCACCCAGACCCCGUUGUCCGUUUCCUCAUCAGCACUUACCUCAAGCUCUGGCUCCAAACUGAGCGAAUCUCCAAGGCGCAAAGUGCUCCUCGAUCGAGAGAAGAACGACUGAAACGAUCUGAGCUGGGAAUAGAGCAGAUUGGAUCGAGGGCACCACCUGUUGGUAGCACACCUCUGAUUGUGUUCUGAUGAUGUAUGUUUCUAUGAAGCACAACACUGCUCCCCUGUGGCGCUGGACUGUAACUGCAGCUGUGUGCUCGCUGACUUCAAUCCUGCACAUUUUAUUUCUAGACCCAAAAAUCCUGCAUCUCUCUGAGUAACUGCAGGAAUAAAGAAGCGCUGCGUUGUAGCUUUUAUUUCACCUGAUUUACACCCUACCCGGUGUCCUGAGCCUGCGAUGGUACUCGUACAUGGACAGUGUAAUAAGCCCCUUGCACUAUGCUGAAUCAGAACAUGAAGAAAUCUUUAUACACUACACACAGCUCAGGGGGUUCGGGGGCGGGGCGGGGCGGGGCGGGGCAGUGAGCUGAUUGGUAGAAUGUGUGUAAUAUGCUAAUCAGAUGUCAUUCUGUAGAACACUAAGUGUAAAUGUUUAAAAUGUGAUCAAACUACAAACACCGCUGCACACGUGUCAGUCACGUGACCGUCGCACAAAAACCAAUUUAAUAAAGAAGUGAAGAUGCCAAAGGGCAGAAAGAGACCAAGUUUAAAAUCCGGCUGCCAAAUCAAGACUUCAUUAUACAGAAAAAAGGCUCCAUGAAAUUCCCCGAAACUUCCAGUCGUUAUUUCGUUAUCUUGUGAUUAUUAGUGUCAUGAAAAAAAAAAAGCUAUUAAUGGUACGUUCCAUUUUCUGACCUUGACAGAAAUGACCAGAAGCACCGACUUGCACCUCAACCCUUCUCCCGGUACGGCGUAUAGCAACAGAACAGCGGUACUUACAAGUGAUCAACCUCAGGUUCAGGUCCAAGUUACUUUUCCCACGAGUUACAGAAGUAACGUCACUGUCGAGAAGAACAUCUGCUUCCAGUUCUUAUGGUUUUACGGAUCAGGACGUAAUAAUCAUCUGGUCCUUUAAAUGAGGGAAAUACAACCUCAGAUGAACAACACAAUAUUUCAUUUACAAAACAAGAAGAAAUGGUGUGAAAAACUAAGUGCACUCUUUCUGGGUUGAAGGGGUGAAGGAUCAGCUUCAUCAUCAAUCAUCAGCGAGUGUGAUGUCCUCUGGAAAACCUCCAGAUUGCGCUUUUUGUUUUUCUGGAGAAUUCAGCUGUGUGUUAGUACAACACCAAGGAGGAAAGACAACAGCAGUGAUCUUAGAGAAGCAGUUAGUGCUGGAUGUUAGUCUGAAGGCUAUUUCCAAACCAUUUGAAGCUCAUCAUUGUUCAGUGCGGGAAGAAGGCCAUAUCUUCUAAAUUUACUAUAAUACACUUUUGUCUUUGUACUCAUUCAUCAGGACCUCUGUCCCAGUCCCCUCUCACACACACACACAUAUACACACUUAACCUUGUGUUGGUUCUGCUUCACGUCUGUGGCGUCCAUAAUAAUUCAAUCUUCACAAAACGAGAACUGAUUUCACGCGUCAUCGUGCAGCUCUGGGCACUUUUCCAGCAUGAACAUCUCGUCCUGUCACUGAAACAAAGUUAUACAAUACCAGCCAGAAGGUCACCUCAGAUUCACACAACGCUACUCAUAGACCGAGAGAAACGCAGACCAUACAGACGCCUUUUCAGUUCUUUUCCUAUCCUGUGGAAAAAGUUCAGACCGAGAACCUUAUCAAGACAAUAAAACACAGGGUAAACAUUCAGUUCUCCAGAAAUCAGACUCCACAGGACUUAACACACAUCACGUUACUCAUACGUUUGUUCACGUUGGCGAAGUUUUUCUAGCUUGGUUUUUGGUCGGGUUUAAACCUCUGUAAGUGUCGUUACCACGGGGCGACGGUCCGUUAAAUCCCUCAGACGCUUUCAACUAAACGUAACUAUGCUUAGCUUAAAUGUGAUCUGAAAUCCAAGUCCACCUUGGGUCCUGGCCUUUCACACGUCUACAGGAACCGUAGACCACUGGGACACGAGCGCCCCCUACUGACGGCUCUUAUCAUUUCUCCUGAUGUUCAUUUCAGCGUUCAUCUCCCGGCAGCUCGGUCCAUCUGUCCCUGUGUCUGACUCGAUCAGAAAGUUCUGAUUCCGUUUUUUUUAUUUUCUCCUUCACAUGGAGAUGCUGAUUUUUCAUAUUGUUUAAAAAUAUAUAAAAUUUAUUUCCUAAAACAAUCACUACACUGUAUAAUGAUGUGAAAGUGAACGUGCACCAGGUCCUCUGUAUAUGUUUAUUAUUAUUAUUAUUAUUAUUAUUGUGCUAAUUUAUUGGUUAUUUCUGAAUAUUGAGGAGGUUAACGGUGUAAUCGUCCAAUCGACUGUUCGGUUGUUGAAACUCUGUGAUUGGAUGAAAUCUCAGUAAUAACCUUAUUGAGAAGAAGAUCUUCUCCUCCUCCUCCUCCUCGUCCUCACUUUGAUCAUGUGACUGAAUUUACGUCCUGUUUCUUUUUGUGUCUAAUCAAAUGCCAGCUGAUUGAUGUUAAUGAUUUAUUUCUGUUAUUUAUAAAUAAAGGAUUUAAUGCAACUGUU